GUAAUAAAGUAAAAUGCUGUGAACCAAAACAUUUAUUAAAUUUAUUCAUCUAAUAAACAGUUAAUUGUAUGUAAUGUAAAUUGCAACAGCUAAGAUGCUUAGCAGAUUUUCCGAUGUUUUACAAACCGCUGCGGACGUACUUGCGCCACCGGCUUCUAGAUUAGAGGACUUUCAAUACCAUUGGAAAAUGAUAAUUCAUUUCUAUCAGAAUUACGACGAUUGCAAUAAAAUCCAUAUAGAAGAUACAAGGAUUCCUCAUCAUUUCCAUCAGAUGUUGCAGCUUAUAGUAGAUGAAGAGAAGGAACAGCAAGGUGGUACUGUUGGUCCAUGCUUAGAGGCUGUAGUGCAGAGAUCAAUAUGCUGGUUGGAUGCUCUAACAGCACUUGCAGCGGCCGACAGACCACCUGGGGCAAGGUCACUAGCCUUGACCACUGGGACUGCGUUACUCAGACGGACAAGACAACCUUGUGUUAAUAGUGCACAUGUGUUUAGGCCUUUACAGAGGAUGUUAAUACAAUGCAAUGAAAAUCCUGCUUCGCCUACAGAAAGAGAAGAAGUAGAACUAUUACUGACUCUUUGUGGACUUGUCAGGAAAGAGCCCGGUCUUGCUAAUAUUUUUACAACACCAUUUGUAGAAGAUAAAUCAAGUUUAUUAAGCAUACCUGAAGAUAUACAAAAACUUAUACCGUUGAAAAGCAAAGUGCAAAUGCCAAAAAAGAAUCCGUUAUUUGAAGUUGAAAUGAUGCCAAAUCCUAUGAGAAAUAUAUCUAUAGUUCGAAAUAAUUCUAAAGAAGAUAGUGCGGUUACGAAAUCUAAUAGUUCUAUUGCCGAUGAUAAUGCAUCAUGUAAAAGUCAGAAAACGGUGUACGAGGAUAAUGAUAAAUUUCUAUUGAUUGAUCUGUUGCUGUCUUAUUUGAAUAGUGCUGACAACCAAGUGGUCUUGCGAGCAUGUGAGGGUAUAAUGAUAGUUUCAUCACUGCCGGAGGAUGAUAUAGCCAACUUGGUGACAAGCUGCAGCCCAGUUUGUGAGACGAUCAUAGACAAACUGGCUGAGAAGUACAAGAGUAUACCGCCACACGUUGAUCCUAAUGAUGUAGACCAUUUGAAUAUAACUUGGGCGUAUGUAGCGCAAGAUUUUGGUGACAAAGGUUACAAUAAAUUCAAUGGCUACCGUGAACUGACAAGUUUCUUCUCGUGGCUCGACUACUGUGAUACAUUGAUGAAGGAAUGUCAUCCAUCUAUCGCAGCACAUUUGUCUAGAACAUUCCGUGCGCAGUUCCUGGAGGCUGCAGGUGAGCUGGCACUGGGCAGUGCUCGCAGCGCCACAUUGGCGGCCGCACUGCUCGCUAAGUGUCUACGUGUCGUUGAUUCACAGGAAUUAAUCAAUGAGUUCUCUAACUGGUUGGUUGGUGAAGGUGAGAUGUUGGAAUGGCCGCUGUUGUUGUCUCUCAUUAACAACUGUUUAAGUGAAGAUCAUGAUCUUACUUUGGAAACAUUGAGAUUUUUCGAGACAAUAAUAGAGAAAGGAACAGAGCACAGUAUCAACAGAUUGGUACUUUCCCGUGUGUGUUCAAGAGGAUACUAUUCACCUCAGCCUCUUCUGGAAGAUGACGAGAGAGAUAGACUGAAUGAUCUGUCAUUGUCUAGGGAGAGGGAGAGGAAUAGGGAGGCGAUGAAACAACUCCAGCAUGAAGACCACGUCAAUGAGCAGAUCAAUGACAUCCUGCAGCAUGAGGGAGUUGACACAAAAGAACAACCCGAGAUGGAGAACAUUCACAGAGUUAUUAAUAGUUUCCUGUUGCUGUUGCCGCGCGCUGUGCUGUCGGAUCCCGUCGGCGCUGACUACGAGCAUUACAUACACGACGCUCAGAGACAUUAUCAGCUCUGGCUAGAAAUAACAUCAACAUUCAGUUGGCCAACGGAACAUAAUAUAGAUAAUACUGCAAGUUCCACACACAGCUAUGAUAGCAGGCCUGAGGCCGACAUACAUCUAGACGAGGCAUUCAGACCUCUGCAUCGGACCAUAGAUAAUAAGGAGCCUUGGCUCAGAGACAACGGCGAUACCAGAGACAAGACGGAAUGUUUCUCACAAAAACUAGUCAUUCGUUCACGAGAUCUAACUUCAUCGGUGACGGAAGAAGAUUUCGAUGAAGGUCCCUUCUUUAGAAUGCUUUUUAAACUUCUCUCGGAAAUGCAUCUUCGACCAUAUCAAGUGAAUUUGCACCUUACGUCUAUAAUAUCAAAGUUGGCUUUGAUGCCGUAUCCAUAUUUACAUGAGUAUUUAUUAAAUCCUAUGUUACCUACCGCUAAAAAGACACAGACACUGUUCAAGACUUUACAAGAUCUAGCUAAAAAGUUGACUAUGGAGAUCCCUCGGAUAAAGAAUUAUAAAAAAGUAAUUGAAAAUACCAGACUUCAACUGAUGAGUGAGGAUCCUAGUUAUGAUGAGAGCGGUGACCACAACCAACUAGUUGAAAGUUUAAUAGUUCUAGAAGAGUUCUGCAAAGAACUGGCCGCUAUCGCCUUCGUCAAAUACCAGCAUGGCAUGCAUAUGCAUAGAUGAAAGUGUUACCAUCAUAAAAUAUAAUCGAAUAUUUAUUUAU